UUCAUUUGCACGAUUUCCAAGGUGAUUUCUUGCCAGGGCAUGUGGGCCCUUGGGGUCACUCUUGGGUGCGGGCGCAGUAGGGGUCCUGUUCAUUUGCAUUUGAUUCAAUAUGCUUAGCGGGGUCGAUGAGUCCAGACGGCUCCAGAAUGCUUUAGCAGCGCAGGUUUUCUGAGCGUGCGCGUGUGGGAGAAGUUGGGAAGGCUGUGGAAAGGGGAUGUGGGGAGGUUGCUCCGGAGCUGCGAAGUUUUGCAAUCUUAGUGGAUUUUGUGCUAGCCGUGCGGGCUAAGGCCGCGUUGGGGUUGGGGAUGUUCCCUUCGGAUGGCGACCAAGCAAAGGACUUGCAAGGCAGGACUCAAGUCUGUCUAGUUCCUGGACACCCGUGUACAAGAACAAGUGAUGAGUCAGUUAUUUACAUGCGAUCAAAAUGUGCGCUUCAGGACGUACGGGUAGGCAUGUGGUGGCUGGGUGGACGUGUGGCGUAUGUCAUGGACCUACCUUUUACCUUGCGCUGGUCGCUGUAUUCCCUGUACAAUCUUGCUUGGACGAAAGAUACAAAAGUUCUGUAGAAGCCCAUAGUUCAGGAUUCCUUAGCUAAAUUAUUUUGUAACCAGUCCUUCUGAGUAACCUUCUUAAUUCCACGGUUAUGCGAUAGAAUAGCCUGCAUUCUUAACCAUGUUGCAUCGAUCUAUAGUGCGUAGCAAUCGGGCAAAUGCUGUAGUUAAUGGGCAUUCGGUCGGUCGAGGAGUUCGACUCGAGAUUGCUUGCCGCGCAGCAGGCUCCGCUGCCGGCAACACAGGGCCUAGCUCGCGCUCUGGUUACUCUUCUUCGACACGCAAUGGACGCAGUUCAAACAGCGGCGACCAGGCAGCAUCUUCCAUGAGUUCCGCGACUUCCAGCGGCGAUCAAAGCCAGCGAGUUGAACAGCUGCGUGAACUUGUUCAAGAAACCAUUCGUCUCAGCGUGUCCACGGGGCCCCGCGGCCUCUUCCGCGCAGUUCAAGCAGCCCAGUCAAUCGCUGCCCUCGCGGCGGAGUACCUGGCCAAGGGCAAUGUCGACCCGCUGCCGGUUUUCCUUCGCAAGCUAUUUGAAAAGCUGGGUGCCACGUACAUCAAGUUGGGCCAGUUCAUCGCCUCCUCCCCCUCACUCUUCCCGGACGAGUACGUCCUGGAGUUCCAAAAAUGUCUGGACAAGACUGAUCCCGUGCCGUACAGCGUAGUUGAGCGCAUCAUCGAGCAGGAGCUUCGGCAGCCCUGGUCCAAUGUGUUUUCCUCCAUCGACCCAACCCCCCUGGCAAGUGCCUCGGUGGCGCAAGUACAUGCUGCCGUACUACGUGAUUCCAAUAAACAGGUCGUCAUCAAGGUCCUCAAGCCGGGUGUUGAGGACGUGCUAACUGCAGACAUGUCCUUCGUGUACCUGAUGUCGCGUUAUUUGGAGUUCGUACAGCCCGAGCUGGGGCGACUGAGCCUGACCGGGGUGCUAGAGGACAUGCGGAGCAGCAUGUUGGCGGAGGUGGACUUCACGCAGCGGCUGGUGGGCGCCCCCCUGACGGAUCUCGCUGCCGUACGUGCCGUAACGAACGGCAGUCGGGAUCCGGAGCAGGUUCUGAUCAACGCACUCAACACGUGGUUUGCGAGCGUUAUGGCGGCGGACACCUUCCAUGCAGACGUGCACGCGGGCAAUUUGUUAGUUCUGGCUGACGGGCGUGUGGGUUUCAUUGACUUCGGUAUCGUGGGCCGUAUCUCCCCCGUGACGUGGCGGGCGGUGGAGACCCUGAUCAGCUCCAUGGCGCUGGCGGACUACGAGACGAUGGCUCGCGCCCUGGCCACCAUCGGCGCCUGCGACACGGAUGUGGACUUCCCCGCCUUCGCCCGGGACCUUGAGGCCUUCUUCGCGGAGCUGGAGCAAAUCAACAGCAGUCUGGUGGUGACCCGUGGGCCUCCGCCGGGGCUGACCGGGCGGGAAGGUCGCGCCGGGGGGGUUUCUGCAAGCCUGGAAGUCGACCAAGCUCAGCUUAACCGUCUGUUCGUACAACUUGUACGGAUAGGGGAAACCCACGGGGUGAAGUUCCCACGGGAGUUUGGUCUCUUUCUAAAGCAGCUGCUCUACUUCGACCGCUACACUCGUAUCCUGGCGCCAUCGCUCCAGGUCUUCAACGACGAGCGGAUCAACACACGAUCGCUUGCCGUACAGUACGGCGGUGUCAUGUAA